AUGCAGUUCGUGGAAGCCCACAAAGUGCCUGUGGGCUUAGUGGCGAUUCUCGUGAUGACUUGCGUCAGCCCGCCAUCAUCAUUGGCGGCGAGAACCUGGAUAGGGGGCUUCCUGAAAGGCAAGUGGAAGCCGAGGAGCUGCAAUUCGGAUUCCUGGGAUGCCCCGAAGGACGAGUGCAACUCUGUGGAUGGAGGCGCACUUCACGUCCGCGGUUUGGGCAUCCCGCGCCACUCCCAGCCUGAAGAGGCUCCCUUCCCCAAUCUGACACGCCUUGCACUAGACUGGACUCGGCAGGCGCUCACGAAGUUCGUGCUCACGUCUUUCCCGAACAUCGGGUUGCCGCUCAACUCGGACCGUAAUGCGCUGACAUCCUGGUUGAGCAGAUCAACUCGGCGACACAAGGUGCUGUUUGCCAUCCCGGGCAAGAGUGAGGAGGAGUCUUAA